AUGAACGUCUUCGCUGCUCAGAUGCAAGAGCUGGUUCGAAGCAACGAUGCCAAAUUCGCGACUCUCACCGCGCAGAUUUCUAGCCUGCAACAAGAGAGCCCGCUUCGACGCCGGAACCUCAUCAGCGAUUUCCAGGGAGAGCGAGAUCCGCAGUGCACGGUGGCACGGUCGGUAAUACAGCAACAGUCCGAAAGCCCGUCCCAGCACAUACGAACUCAACUGACGGCGCACGACCUGGAAAUCGAACGGAUGCAGGCCCAACUGCGAGAGAUCAGUUCCAAAUUUCACCAAGCCACCAGUUCGGCACCUGAAAUUGACCGCGUAAUCCAGGAAGCACAGAAAACACCGUUCACUUCCCGGAUCACCAACGUCCCCAUCCCUAACCUAGAAAAGUUUAAACUACGUUCAUACGAAGGGAACUCGGACCCGAGGCAUUUUCUUACCUCGUUCGGCAUCGUGAUCAACCGACUGAAGUUCACCUCGGCUGAGCAGAAAGACGCGAUCCAAUGCCAACUGUUCGUCGAACACCUCGAAGGCAUAGCUUUGGAUUGGUUCUCAAGAUUAGAAGCCGACUCCAUUGAUAACUACAAGGAGCUUUCAACUAAGUUCGCAAAGCAUUUCUCGAUGUUCAUCGGGCAGAAAACCCGUAACUCCGAGCUUUGGGAGAUAUCACAGGGUGAAAACGAAUCACUCCGAGACUUUAUGGGGCGUUUCAAACAGAUCUUGGGUCACUGCACGGUGGACGACGAAGCCGCCCUCGAAGCUUUAUACCAGAAAACAUGGUACAAAUCACCUUUUCAUAAAGAGCUUCGCAGGAACAGACCCCUCACCCUUGAGGACGCGCUCCACAAAUCAAACAUCUUCAUCGCGGAAGAAGAAGAAGAAGCCGCCAAAGUUCGGCAGUAUUCAGCGUCAAAGCCCGGCCAGACCUUGACCACCAAAGAUAAUUCAGAAACAAAAGUCCAGUCCGGCAAACCGCGUAGAGUAGUGAACCAGGCAGGACCGUCAAACCAAAAGUCAGGACGGCCACCGAAAUCUUGGAACACAUGGCAUAAAGACGAUGAUACGCCGCUAAGUGAACGUUUUUGUGAGUAUCACGAGCGAUAUGGGCAUAGCAUGGAGGAAUGCUGA